AUGCCUAGCACUGUAGCCAGUGCAGGGGUGCCUCCUCUGCUGGUCUCUGGUGCAGUGUUGCAGUCGUGCAGGGGUGCUAACCCCCACGCCAUCCGCCGCGAAGUCAACGCACAAUGCGCCACGCAACCACGCUGCUGCGCCGGACGACGAGCACCCACGUCUGGCAAGCCUCCAGCUGCGCCGCGGGCGCCGACGGCCAUCGCUUGCGGGAGUGGGCGUCAAAGCACGCCGACGACGCGCGGGACGUGCUACGACCGCCACCACACGGCACGCGGGCGCCGGACCUGAGUGGCCUGGACCAGUACCUCCAUUCCCGAAAUUGGGCGAAAGUAGAAGCGCCCGAGGCGCGCGCUUUGUUAUCGCAGGCGCUGACCUACCCGCUCAGUUUGGCGGCGCACGCCACGACGUUGAAUCUCGGCGCCGAGGCGUCGAUCGCUAUUGUCGGCGCGCGGGCCGAGGCGGCGCUGUCGACGGCCUGGUGGGCCGAGCUGAUCGAGGCUGUCGACAGCGUGCACGACUGGACACUGACGUUCGUGGGCCCCGAGGUCAAACCAGCGCGACCGACGCCGGUUCAGCGGGGCACGAAGAGUCUGGCCGUAAAAGCGGAGCGGCGCGAACUCACAAAGGCGCACCUCGACGAAGCCGACGCGGUCGUGCUGUUCAACCCCGGCGUCGGCCAUCCGAACCUCGCGGAGGGCUGGGUGCCGGCGCUGGAGGCGAUCAGAGCGUCGGGCCGGCCGCUCCUCGUGACGGGCCAUUCCGAAAUGGAUUCGCGUCGGGACCUGACCGCGCUGGAGGCGCGCUACGGCGCACUACGCUUCGCGGCGCCGCCGUGUCAGAACCCCUUCCGGUCGCGAGUUGUGAUCGUCGACCCUGCGGACGCGACUCAUAUGACGAGUGCGAAUGCGUGGGCGUUUGUGGUGGAGGGGUCGUAAAAAUGUAGUGUAUCAA